UUUGGUAGUUCUCGAACCAUUUGCGUAUGUUGGUGAACGUUACUCGUGCUGUUGUAAAAAAUUGCAGUUGAUCUUUAUUACUCCCAUAAUUUUUAUAAGAAAUGGCUCAAUUUGAUGGUCAUGCGGCCAAGAGACAAAGAACUGAUAAUGAAGGAGGAAGAGACCAAUCAUUUGGAGGUGGAGGAGGAAAUUACUACAACAAUUACAAUAAUCGAAGUGGAGGGGGAAGUGGUGGAAGAGCUGGCAGAUACGAAGAAAAGCCAAAUCAUAUUUUGCUGAUAACCGUCAUAAACCCUGCAUACCCAAUAACAACAGAUGUGAUUCAUACUAUCUGUAGUCCUAGUGGAAAGGUUUUGAGAAUUGUCAUUUUCAAGAAGAAUGGCGUUCAAGCCAUGGUUGAAUUUGAUAGUUUGGAAGCUGCUGAAAGGGCAAAGCAGUCCUUAAAUGGUUGUGACAUUUAUUCAGGUUGCUGUACUUUGAAAAUUGAAUUUGCUAAGCCAACAAGACUCAAUGUUUACAAAAAUGAUAAUGAAAGUUGGGAUUAUACCAAUAAUGCUCUAGGGAAAACACCUGGUGGAGAUCGUCCUGCUCUUCUUCAGGAACCUCCUCGCGGUUAUGGGCCUGCUGGUAAUGCGCCUCCAUAUGAUGGCAGAGGACCACCACCCUAUGAUGGUGGUUAUGAUGAUGGUUACAUUCCACGGGGUCCCAGAGCUGAUCCAUAUGGUCCCCCAGCUCGUGAUCCGUAUGGUGGACCUGCUCCACCCGAUAGGUUUGGACGGGAUCCUUAUCGUGGUGAUGGACCUCCUGUUUCUCCAAGAGGACCUGGUUAUGGUCCUGGUGGUCCAAUGAACCCCCCAGGUCCAAAUCAACAAGGCUCUGUUAUGAUGGCAUAUGGUUUGAGCCAUGAAAAAAUGAACUGCGACAAGCUUUUUAAUAUCUUGUGCUUGUUUGGAAAUAUAGUGAGAAUUAAGUUUCUAAAAAGUAAAGAAGGCUGUGCAAUGAUCCAGAUGGGUGAUCCAUUAUCUGUUGAAAGGGCCAUAUCAAAUCUCAAUGGAUCCAUAUUUUUUGAUUCUAAGCUUCAGUUGGGGUACUCUAAACAGGCUUUCUUAAAUGAUGUUCAGCAGCCAUUUACUUUACCUGAUGGAACUCCAUCUUUCAAGGAUUAUAUGGGCAACAGGAAUAACAGAUUUACAAACCCUGAAGCUGCCAGCAAAAACAGAAUUCUCCCACCUUCAAAGAUGCUUCAUUUCUUCAAUGCUCCAUUUGGUAUCGCAGAUGAUGAAAUGAAAAAGGUGUUUAAAGAAAAAGAGGCAAAGUCUCCAAACAGUGUGAAACUGUUUCAGUCAAAAAAUAAAUCUGAAAGGAGUUCAUCUGGAUUGUUGGAAUUUGAUUCUGUGUCAGAAUCUUUGGAAGGUCUCGCUCUUUGUAACCAUGUCCCAAUCCCAAAUCCAAAUGGAAAAUUCCCAUACAUUCUGAAGUUAUGCUUUUCUUCAACUGGUGGAGGUCGAGGUGGUCCCCGUGGAGGUCCUUAUUAAUUUCCUUCGUUGGACUUGUGACAUGCCAAUAUGUUGGACUUGUGACAUGCCAAUAUGUGAUGCAUUUGUGAAGUUCACAGGUGUUUUUAAAUCAUGGAGACAACUGUUUAGAUCAGUAAAUGUUUUUGUAUCAGUGAACCAAACUUUGUUUUGAUAUGCCAUUAAAGUAACAUUUUGUGAUUUAUUUCAUCAUUCAUUGUGUAUCAGUUUACACAGUUUAGCAUGUAUGUAAUUGUGUAGCAUUGUUGAAAUAAAAAUUACUCGUUCAAUA